AUGCUGCUGCGGAACCUCGAUCCGAAAAUCAGACUGUGCAACGGAACAAGGUUAGUGGUUACGGAACUGAGGCGCAACAACUUCAAAGCGAGGUUGUUGGCGGACGCGGGGGAAGGGCAGGACGACAUCGUCAUCCCCAGGAUACCGCUGUCGUCCAGCGGAGACGACGACCUGCCCUUCACCAUGCGUCGGGUUCAGUUCCCUGUGAGACUUUCUUUUGCGAUGACGAUCAACAAGUCUCAGGGUCAAACUUUCGACAGAGUUGGUUUGUUUCUGCCGUCCCCGGUGUUUACGCACGGACAACUGUACGUUGCGUUCUCACGAGUGCGGGACUCGGAAUCAAUAAAAGUUGGUAUGUACGGUGGCGACGACGGUCGAUUUAUCACAAGGAAUAUAGUGUAUUCAGACGUGUUGUGA